AUGCCCUCGGCCAUCGCGCCCUCGGACCUGUCCAUGAAUCUGAGCGAUACCGAGGACUACCCCCAAGCCGCCCCCGAACUUCUCCACAACCUCAAGCACGACAGCUCCGUCCUGGCCCUGGCUGUCAGCGCCGAGAACGAACGCAUCUACGCCGGCACCCAGGAUGGCGAAAUCGUCGUGUGGUCCCUGGCCACCUUCCACCAGGACCGCAUCGUUCAAGCUCAUAAGCGGAGCGUGCUGAGCUUGUUCCUCACCCCUGACGGCUCCAUGCUCUUCUCCAGCGCCGGCGAUCCCAUCAUCAAUGUCUGGUGCCCAAAGACCAUGACCCGGCUGUACGAGAUCUACAGUACCUACGACGUUGGCGACAUUUUCUCCGUGGCCUAUAGCGCCCAGCACGACACGGUCUACCUCGGAGCCCAGAACACCUCAAUACAAUGGGUCAGUCUCGCCGAUCCCAACAACCGUGUGACACACGACUCUCCACAGCACCCCGACCGACGCAACCACAGAUUCUUCGACUCGAGGGCGGUGGGAGGGACAUCGACCCCGCGUCGCAACGACGAGAGAUGGAGUCUGAUUCCGCGGUCAGAGAAGGUGGUGGAGAUACGUCCGGGAGCUUUGCAGAUGUUCGCACACUAUGGCUACGUCUACUCGAUGCUCAUGGCCAAAGGGCCCACGGUUCUCGUUGAACCGGACGAGGAGGUGCUCAUCUCUGGCGGGGGCGACGGCACCAUCAAGAUAUGGAAGCUAGGUGCCGAGGGAGACAACCAGGCGGCCGAGAACGACCGUGAGCCGGGUCUGCAGGAACUCAUGUCGCUCGGCGCCGACGAUGCCGAAUCCGUCAUGUCGCUUGCCAUUGACGGGUCAUUUCUGUACGCCGGCAAGCUGCAAGGGGUUAUCGAGCUGUGGGACCUGGAUACAAAGUCAAAGCUGAGAGUCAUCAAGGGACACAAGGGCGACGUCAUGACCCUGCAAAUGGGCUGGGGUUACCUCUUGAGCGCUUCGCGGUCGGGUUCGGCGAGCAAACACACAACUGCCCACUAUGGAAAAUACCAAGAUAAGCAGGCGGCUGCCAACAUCAGCCAAAAAUACCAGUGCAUCACACGCUGGAAGGCCCACGAGGGCAAGGCCUUGUCAUCGGCUGUGACGACCUACAACAACAGACAAUACUACAUCACUGGCGGCAAUGACGACGAUGUUGCCAUCUGGCACAUUGACUGCUCGCCCUACGAGGAGCAAAAGGACACGGAGGAAGCCAACGACGUCAUGAUCAGGACCCUCGGCGAGUUUGUCUCCUACCGAACCGUAUCAUCACGACCCGAAUUCGCCGAAGAUUGCCGACGAGGCGCCACGUUUCUUGGCUCAUUAUUCAAAAGGCUCGGCGGUCAUGUCGAGAUGCUGAGCACGGAAAGCAGCCCUCACAACCCAGUUGUUCUGGCCAAGUUCGCCGGCACAUUAGAGCCAGCCGAAGAGAGGAAGAAGAUCCUGUUUUACGGUCACUACGACGUCGUACCAGCCGACACCAAGAAGAGCAAGUGGGAGACGGAUCCCUUCCAGAUGAAGGGCAUCAACGGUUACUUGUACGGCAGAGGCGUCAGUGACAACAAAGGCCCGAUCAUGGCCGCUCUGUACGCGGUGACGGAUCUACUGCAAGCGAAAAAGCUCUCCAACGACAUAAUCUUCCUGAUUGAGGGUGAGGAGGAAUCAGCCUCUCGCGGUUUUAGAGAAAUCGUUCGCAAGAACAAGGACUUGAUCGGCGACGUAGACUACAUCCUCAUUGCCAACAGCUACUGGCUUGACGAUGAAGUUCCGUGUCUCACUUAUGGUCUGCGCGGUGUUCUGCACGCCACUGUUUGCGUAGACUCUCAUCUGCCCGACCAACAUUCCGGCGUGGAUGGCUCCUACAUGAACAAUGAGCCCCUGUCCGACCUCACCUACACGCUGUCGAAGCUGAAGGGCCCUGGCAACAGAGUUCUCAUACCCGGAUUCUACGAUGACAUCCUGCCCAUUACCGCCGACGAGGAGACGCGCUACGAUGAUAUCGCAUCGACGCUUAUGCGGCAGAACCCAGAAAAUGGGCUCGCCGACAAGCUUAAAGCCGCUUUGAUGGCGCGCUGGAGGGAGCCCAACUUGACGAUUCAUAGGUACAAGGUUUCGGGACCGGACGGCAGCUUGGUCAGCAGCCACGCGAGCGCCAGCAUCAGCUUGCGUUUGGUGCCAGGACAAGAGGUCAACGACGUCAUCUCGUCCCUGAAUGCGUACCUCGAGAGCGAGUUCGCGACGCUCGAGUCAAAGAACUCGCUUACCAUCAAGGUGGACAACAAAGCCGAGCCCUGGCUGGGUGACCCGACCAAUGCCAUCUUCCAGACGCUGGAGGAGGCCGUUGUGCAGGCCUGGUCCUCCGUUUUCAAGAGCAACGAGGCCGACGACGGCUUAGAGGGGGCACUGGAGUCGAAAGACAAGAAGCCCAGGAAACCGCUUUACAUCCGCGAAGGCGGCUCCAUCCCGGCAAUCCGGUUUCUCGAGAAGGAGUUCAAUGCCCCCGCUGCGCAUCUUCCCUGCGGACAGUCGAGCGAUUCGGGCCACCUGGACAAUGAGCGGCUACGGGUGCUGAAUCUGUUGAAGAGUAGGGAGAUUAUCGGGUCAUUAUUCGCCCGUCUGUAG